CAACUUCCACGGACCUUACCAAAACAAAUCGUUAAAAAUGUUCGACUUUGCUCAUUUUCCCGCCGUCUGCCGAACCUGUUUAAAACCAGCCAUAGAUAUUCACAUAAGCCAGGAGGCUCAGAUCGAGCGAAAGCUACCGGUAUCAUGCACCGUAAAGUACCAUGAGCUGAUAAACCAGUUGACGCAAGUUUCACCUGAACUUGAUCAGAUAUCCGACGAGCUACCGUCACAUCUCUGUACCGAUUGUGCCAACAAACUUGUUGAAUGGUUCCACUGGAAGCACCAAACGAUAGUUGUUCUAAAGUUCUCCAGAGCACUGGCAAGUUUCAAACGCUCCAGAGAUCUGCAGCCCAUCAAAGAAUUGCUCGACACCGAAGGAGAUCGUCUAAGACAGUGCCUGUACCGGUUACAGGUCGUAGAUCGACAAGACUUUUCGAUGGAAGAGUUGCUAGCACAGAUUCGUGGAACAACGACUGAAGAAAUCGAGAUGCCAAUUGAAGAAGUUGAACUGGUAGAACUCGAAGACGCAGAUGAUCGCGAGCUGGACUCUUCAGUCGAGGAAGCUUCGUUGAAGCCAUCUAAACCAAGCAAGAUCAUCCGAAGGAAUGGCGCCCGGUACAAGGUGUGCAUACUGGCCGGUUGCAACGAGGAGUACGAGAUGGGCAAUCGGACGGCCUAUCUGCGCCACGAGAAGAUCUUCCACCGGUACGGGUGCAAUCUGUGCGGUCGAGUUCUGGCAUCGCGGACGUCGUUCCGGAACCACGUGCUCCUGCAUGAUGGGGCUAAAGUCGAGUGUGACUUUUGCGAUCGCAGGUUCACAACUAGAGGAGGUAUGCGGGUGCACGUACGGGAGGUCCACAUUACCAGUGGGGCUCACUUUAACUGCCAGUAUUGCGACGAGGGAUUCAUCGAACAAAAGGAUCUGUUCACUCACCUGCAAGAACAUCGAGAGUGUAAGCCGUGCAAAGAAACCUUUCCAGAUCUUACUAGCUGGGUCAACCACAACAAACGACAGCAUACGGACAGCCUGCAAAGUUGCACCAAGUGCGAUCACACUUCACUCAGUCGUGCCCUGCUGGAUCGUCACAUGCGCAUGCGACACUCCGAAAGCGCAGUAGACUCCAAGGUUGAACAGUUCACGAUCUACGCCGUCAACGACUCCACUUUCCAUCAAUGUCCACAGUGCAGCUUCCAAUUCGUCACGGAGCAACAGCUGAUCAACCACAACGAGCAAGCCCACAAUCGUCCCCAAGAAGAACCGUCGGAACGACCUUCGAUCCGACGUCGCACCAAGGAAGAACGGGAACAGUUCUCCUUACGCUACAGCUGCGACGUGUGCGGUAAGAAGUACCGCUUCAAAAACUCGCUCUGGUCCCACAAGCACAAGGAACACAACUCGGCCGGCAGUCAGACGGCCGUUUGUGAGAUCUGUGGACAGCACUUCAAGCAUCGGUCCUAUCUGAUGGCCCACAUCGCAAACAAGCACGCCACGGAACUUCCGUUCCAGUGCAAACUCUGUCCACGGGCGUACCCGCAGAACUACCUGCUCAAGGAACACGUCAAAUCGCACGACGCCGAGAAGAAGCACCGCUGUCCGCACUGUGACUACCGGGCGAAGCAUUCUUAUGCCCUGAAGGAUCAUAUCGGCCGGAUGCACAACGGGGACGAAAGGGCUGUAUGAUUUUCGUAAAUGAGCAGUUCUCUAGGAAUUCGGUCAUUCGAUUUUUUUUGUAUUUUUUAAUCCGACUGAAACUUUUUGGUGCCUUCGGUAUGCCCAAAAAAGCCAUUUUGCAUCAUUAGUUUGUCCAUAUAAUUUUCCAUACAAAUUUGGCAGCUGUCCAUACAAAAAUGAUGUAUGAAAAUUUAAAAAUCUGUAUCUUUUGAAGGAAUUUUUUGAUCGAUUUGGUGUCUUCGGCAAAGUUGUAGGUAUGG